GCAUGCACCGGGCGAGGACGCUGGGGAGAGGAGGUGGUCGUUGCUAAUGGAUCGCUUUGUGAGGAAGGGCCGGGAUCUGAGCCUAGCGCUGCACCCAGCUAAGGUUUAUCGCCAGGUCACUCUCGAGUCUUUAAAGAGAGUUGUGGUGAUUGAAGAUAUUAAGAGAUGUAAGUCUAUUUUGGAACUGCCUAAUCAAACAAAGGAAAACUUAAUGGAAGCAUUAAAUGAAUUAAAGAAGAAAAUACCUUCACAAGAAGUAUUGCUGUCAACUAAAAUAGGGCACUCAGUAAACAAGAUGCGUAAAAAUUCGGACCCUGAAGUGGCCGAGCUUGCUCAAUCCAUUGACACAACGUGGAAAACUUUCAUGAAAGAAAACAGAAAUAAACAAUCCAUUGAGGUGCGAUGUGAUCCUAAAACAGAAUGUCUUAGGAGUAAUGCUCGAAAACUGUUAUCUGAAGCCUUGAAACUGAAGAAUGAUGACCCACUGAUUGAAAACAUAGAGCGAGAGAUUUUCCAUCAAUGUUCUCGUCUGAUCAACAUCAACUACCGACGGACAGUAAGAACUCUGGUCUUUAGCUUAAAACAGAAGCCUGAAGUCCAAGAACAAGUUAAAACCUACAGUCUGCCAGUGAAACAGCUUAUUGAAAACCACAAGAAAUGAUUCAUUGUGAGUUCUUGAAGUAUUAUGUAUAAACCUAUAAAUUGUGAAUUUCUUAAAUUUUGGCCUUUUUUAAUUUCAAUCAUAGGAAUUUGAAUAUGAUAAAUAUGCGAACUUUAUUAAUAAAUUCCUGGUAUUUGUACAAAUCUGUUGGAGAAUUCUUUUGGUUUGUUUGUGACUCACUGCCUAUAAUUUCAUGCUGACAAAGUUGCCAAUGAAUGCAAAGUUUGCUGUGCUAGAGUCUCCUGAGGGAAUCUUUUUGGGUCAGUGAAUAAUUGGUUGGGAAGAUGAUGAAAAUUGUUGCUUCAACAUAACUUAAAUGUAUUUUUAAAUUCUUUUAAGAUAAUUGGUGCGUUCGACUGAACCUGUUCUGUCACAUUAUUAAGAUCAGGUUCUUUACGAUACUGCAAAGGUAUAAUCAGACUACACACCUUCAGAAUCAUAAGUUGACUUCAGUUUUUGAUCAUUAGAUUUAUUUAUUCAUGGAGCAAGGUUAUUGCUGACUCUAUCAGCAUUUAUUGCCCAUCCCUAAUUGCCAUAAAAUAGUGGUGAGCUGCCUUCUUGAACUGUGGACAUCCUUGGGUUGCACUCUGUUGUUAAGAUGUUCCAGGAUUUUGACCCAGCAAUAGGGAAGGAACAGCUCUGGUAAAAACAUGGAAUUGGCAUGGAACACCUGGGUUAAGGAAAGAAACAUUAUCAAAGCUUUAGCUGGCAUAUUCUUAAAUGCUAACUGAGAAGUGCAUAUUUAUCCAAUAUUUAAUCAGGACAAGAUUAGACUGAGCUGCAAAACCCUUCACACUAAUUCACAAAAAGCUGAUUACUAUCUGAAGCACCACAUCUGCGCAUUCUCGAGGAAAAGGUCAUUGGUUCCAAAAAGCGUAUCAUGUUUUCAUAGCAUUAUCCCAUCCACCAUACUUGCCGUACUCUUCAGUCCAUUUUUUUCCAAAACCUAUGUACAAUAACUAAUUCUUGAACCAGUUACAUCUGGUGAUGCUGCACUCUAGUUGUUGCCCGUUCCUAGUUGCUCUGAAGAAGUGGGUUUGGACUUUGCUAGGUUCUUGCAAUGGUGCUCCCUCAACAGUACUGCCUAGAGAAAUCCAGGUCUUUGAUCUAGCAACAAAGAUGCAGUGGUGGUUAUAUAUUCAAAUCAGAAUGGCAGGGAACUUGAAGGCAACAUUUCCAACAUUGCUAGAAUGUAUUUUACCUUUUUAAAUACUAUUGCUGCAAUAAUACUUUUUUGAGUUUGUCUAAAUACUGGAAAUGAAAAUUUUUUUUGUUACCUAGUGAUGGUUUACAAUGAAUUAUCAACUAGGAGCUGACUUGAAACAAAUUACAAUCAUACAGUCAAAAAGAGAAAACACGUUUAUCUUUUAUUCUGGGUAAUUAUUUUUACCAAUCACACUUCCCUCUACAAAAUCCAUAGCUCUGGCUAACUUUCUGUACCUAAUUGUAGCCGUAGCUCAGACAAGCUUAUUUAUUUCAAACUGUAGUCCUUGUUGAUCUUGUAGCAUAGCAGGGAGUGAAGCGUGUAUCUAAGAAUCUAUUAUAGAAACUGCUUUCAGCAUUAUGACCUGACUACCAAUUGCUCUAACAUGCUGUAUAGUUGUCAUGGUGACAGAAUAUGGAGAGAAUAAAGGUCACUUAAAAGAUAAAUUUCUAUUUUGCUUGUUUUAAUUAGUGACAGAAAUUAUUUUUUUAAAAAAGGAACACUAAAAAUAUGCAUUAAGAUUGUAUUGCAUUUUGAAUUAUUUUGGGACCUCCCUGUUUCUAAUUUUACAAUCAAAAAGAAGAGAUAUGAAGGAAAAUGCAAUGAAAUCUUCACUGAAAGACAGUAAAAGAGAAAGCCUGUGAACAGUAUUUGUGAUUGGACUCUGCAUAGCUUACUGCAGAAAUGUGUGUUUUUAGUAAAUCACCACUAUAGUUUAGGAUAAUUGGUCGGUGCGGACAAGUUGGACUGAAGGGUCUGUUUUCAUGCUGUAAAACUCUAUGACUCUCUCAUUGUGUAUCACAAAUAUUUAGUGGCUAAAAUUGAAGCUAAAAUUAUUUUUAAAAAUAUAUUCUAUGGUAAAUUGUAACGAUUGAAUACAAUCAUGUGAACGAGGUGAAAUGAAAAUUUGCAAUUAUUUUGCAAGUAAUGUAACAUUUGGCCAUUGUCCAUAUAAAUAUUAUUUUGUAAGUUCUGCUUCAUUUAACAGUAUAUUAGCUCUU